GUUUUCUUUUCAAUCACAGCAUCACCCACUCCACCCUUCUGUCCUCUCCCAUUUUAUUCCCUGGGAACACUCCACCGUCUACGUGUAUAACAGUCUACUCUGGAUGCGCCCGUCAUAUACCUGCAGUCAUCCAUAAUUUCCACUUGCUAGAAGCCCCCUCAGCAAACAUCCCGCGUUCAAACCCACCAAAAGUCCACCAAGGACUUGUCCGGACCCAGAUUAUCAGGAGCCAGCUUUAGCGCGACUCACCUGCGACUCAAAAGAAAAGACUCAACAACACCGAUAUCUGAUGGGAAACAGCCAAACGGGAAAAUGGCACCACGCAAGAGCACGGCAUCCAACCCAGCCACAGACGCCAAUGGCGACGUAUCAAUGAUUUCCAACGUCACAGCAGCUUCCAACGCCACUCAAGCACACUCCAAACCAUCGAGACCUUCGAGUAGCGGAGGUGGCGGACAGGGACACGGAGACGGAGUAGGAAUCGAUGAUCUCCUUUUACCACGAACACUGAUCCAACGCCUCGCACGUAGUGCACUUCCACCCAACACGUCGAUCCAACGCGACGCAGUCCUCGCCAUUUCCAAGUCCGCCACCGUCUUCAUUUCCUACCUAGCCCACGCGGCCAACGAGCAAUCGACGCGCAAGACACUAGCACCACAAGACGUGCUACAGGCGUUGAGAGAGCUGGAAUUCGACAAUGUCAUGCAAUUGGGGGCUGUGGGCAAGGACGGACGAUUGGGCGGUCGUCUUGAGAGAGAACUGGCCGUCUACGAAGAAGUCUUGAUGCAGAAGAGAAAAGGUGCCAAGGAUCGAAAAUCCAAUAAAGCGAGAGAGGGAGCCGAGGAAGACGGUGAAAGGGGUGAGCCUAGUAGCAAGAAAGCCCGGCGCAUGCAGACGACUGGAGAUCAAGAUGACGAUAAUCAAAAUGAAGAUGAUGGUGAUGAGCAGGAUAUGCUGGACUCGCAAUUGAAUGGAGAUGGGAUGGCGAGUGGUGGUGCAGGGAGGGUUAAAGGGAUGAGGAAGAACAGGAAAACAAGUCGUACUGCUGAGUAUGGGUCUUCGCCGGCUGCCAAUACGAAUGGGAAGGCGAAAGAUGAUGAGACGGAGUCGGACCAUGAAGGUGGUCAGGAUCAGGAUGAUGAGGAUGAUGAGGAGGAAGAGGAAGAGGAAGGUCAGGAUAACGAUGAGGAUGAUGACGAAAACGACGAAGAUCAAGAUGACGAUAGUGACGACAAUGACGGCAACGAAGGGGAUGAUGUCGAUGACGAGUUGGAAGGCCGCGAUCAUAAAACGGGUCGAGCUGUUGGCUUGCAGCCGAACGGCAGGGCCGAGAUUGACGGUAGCGACGACGAUAGCGAUUGAUUUCGCCUCGUGGAUUGACAUGCCACAAUACAUUUUACCAUUUAUCGCCUCAUGGGCCGGUGGCGGCGGUGGCGGUGGUCUCACUCUUGGGAAAAUCGGAAGCAUACUGGGACUCGGACUGGGGCAGGGACACAUGUAUCUUAUGAGCUCUGGUUUGUAUGAUCUGUUGUGGUCAACUAUGAGACCAUGCGAAGGAUAUAGCCUCGCCUCGCCUCGCCUCAUUCCUCUGUAUAGCGUAUGUACGUGUCAAUGAUAUUAGACGGGUUUUGUUCAAA